AUGGCCAACUACUGGCAAUCUCAGCCUUCUUCAACUGGCUCUCAAUGGCUACAUGCCGCUCCAGCUCAUAGUCAACCAACCAUGCAGGAUCUGGUCCGUGCUUUCCCUCGGCCGAGACACACCCGGGUCAUGAAGCCUCGUAGUGCUGGCAACAGUCCUUCAGCAGUCACGAGAAGACGAUCAACAGUGAAUCAACAUGUGAUGCAGGCGAUGCCCUCACAGUACCAGUCCUCCUUGGAAGAAGCUCUCUUCGCAUCGGCCUCUCGGAACUCACGCCCGAUUAGCUGGCAUCCUUCAUCGGCAAGAACUCGGGGCCUCUCAAAUCCGCAAUGUUAUCCCGACUUCAACCCGGAUACCUAUGCUGGCAUGGGAACCGUCCCUCAACAAUAUCUUCCCCAAACCAUCUAUGGUGGCGACAAUAUGAUGUCGUAUCCCAUGACUGCUGAUGCUACCUUCUCGCCCAACGACUACUUCCCCGUUUACUCGGAGAUGCAGGAGGAUUUGCCACUUCCACAACAAACACCGGCGCUAUCCAUGACUGGCUCGCAGGUCGAGCCGAUGGCUUGGGACGUCGCCAUGCCCGAACUUACCGCAAUGAACCCGGCCUCCGAUAACUGGUCCAUGGAUAUGCUCUCAAUGGGCACCAACAUUCCCCCACCAGAAACCACUUGCCCAAGCUACGUCAGCGUUCCUUCACCGGGUGAAAUGAGCGGACCAUCGACCCCGGAUUUCCUUCCCAUUCAACAAUUUGACGAUCAUUCCCAGCCCCCAGUCGAAGCUAAGAAGACUGGAAAGGCCGAAGAGGAGCUCGUCGGAAUGGGCCUCUACAGCCAGCCUAACGGAACGCUGGCCAAGGCACCUCAAAGCAAACCGGGCACAGGACUCAAACUCGAGGAGACCUUCACUCCAUCCGACGAAGAAAAGGAUGCCGAAGGGGAGGAUGACGAAAGCGAUGAGCUGGAGCCAUCGCCUCAGCAACCAAUGUCUCGCGAUGAGCCUGUGCACCCCAUGCAAAUGCCCUCUCAAUCAAGCUUCUUUCCCAAGCAGCCCAAGCAGACCCUGAACAUGCUCCAGCGGUCUUUCUUUUUGACCAAGACGAGGAUCAGCAGGCAAUCCCAGCCCAGCCUUUUCCGAGCUUGA